ACCAGUGUGGUGGUGAACAUGGCGACUGCGGGAGCGACAGGCGUAGGGGAAUUACAGAAGGAGCUCAUUUGUCCCAUUUGUUUGGAUUUUUUCGAUGAUCCCGUUAUUCUAAAAUGUGGUCAUAACUUUUGUCGAGGUUGCAUUUUAAUGCACUGGGAAGAAAACGGCGAUGAUGACGCUGGGUAUCGGUGUCCGGAGUGCAGACAGGUGUUCAGCAAAAUAAGUUUCACGACAAAUUACCUGGUAAAGAACUUGGUGGAUAAAUUGGAUGGCCUGGAAUGUCUGCGGUCAAGUAAACCGCCCGCUCCAGCAACCAAGCCGACCAAACUGGAUGGCAAAUGUGAGAGACACGGUGAAGAACUUAAACUCUAUUGCCACACAGACAGCAAGCCGAUCUGCGUUGUUUGUCGUGAAUCGAGAGCCCACAGGCAUCACGAUGUAGCUCCUGUGCCAGAGGUCAUUGAGGACAUGAAGGGAGAGCUGAGGCUGAGGCUGAUAAAGCUCACAUGGCAAAAGUCAUUGUGUGAGAGGGUGAAGGCCACAGAUGAGGCAGCAAAGACCAAUGUCAAACUUAAGAAGCAGGAGCUGAAGGGGAAGAUUGAGAAUGACAUAGGAGCUCUGGUUCAGUUCCUGCUGGAUGAGAAGGAUGACCUCUUGGCAAGCCUGGAGGCAGAGGAGGUGGCAACUGUCACCAUGAUCGAUGAGAACUUGAAGGAUGUUGAAAAAGAGAUGGUGGCAGUAGACAAAGCUAUUGCAGACAUCCAGAACCACUUAACCGGCAAGUCAAACUUUGAGGCCAUGAGCCAGACGAUUUCAAGCCCUCACCAGAUGUACACCUCACUGCAGGCCACCAAUUACCCUCCAAACUGGGACGAGUUCACCGGCCCUCUGCAGCUCAUUGUGUGGAAGAAGAUGAUGCACGUUUUGCACACUGGGCCUGCAAACCUGACCCUGGACACGGACACGGCCCACCCCAGCCUCGUCGUCAGCGACUUCGACACCAAGGUGGAGGAGGGCCAGAUGCGCUCCCUGGAGCCGGACCUGCCGCAGAAGUUCACUCGCUUCUUCGGCGUCCUGGCCACAACACAGUUCUCGAGUGGGCAGCAUUACUGGGAGGUGGACGUCAGGGACAAGGGGGUGUGGUACCUGGGCGUCACCACGGAGUACAGCAACCGCAAAGGCUACGUCAACCUCUCGCCCUCAGCCGGCUACUGGAGCCUGUGCCUGCAGGACCGGCUGUACGCCAACGAGGAGGACGCGCGCCUAUCCCUGGCCGAGUACUGGAACUCUCCACGGGUGGGCGUCUACCUGGACUACGACAUGGGCCGAGUGUCCUUCUACGACGCCAUCAGCAUGAAGCACAUCUACACCUUCGACGCCUACUUCGACGAGCCCGUCUACCCCUUCUUCAGCCCCGGGAAGAACGACCCAGGAAGUCGGCUGCAGGUCUGCCAUUACUACUGAAGUGUCACAGGCUGCAGGGCAAGGAGAGGCCUGCUGCCACACACGCAGAGAAGGCUUUUAUGUUCUUCUUUUGACCACUCCAUAGCAAACAGUUCUCUUAGGAGUAUGUGCCAUUGGCCUUUCUGGUUUCAAGUGGGGUGCCAUGCUGCGACAAGUAGUACUUCUGUUUCACCGGGAGUUUAUAGGAAAUAGAGGAAAUAAGAGUAUUCUUAAGUAAUCCAAUGUAGCCAUGCAGAAAUGUGGUUGGAUGCAUGAAUGCAAGUUUUGAAACAGAGACUGUUACAUCUGGUUUGGAAGAGACACUGUUAUAGCUGGUUUGGAACAGACACUGUUAUAGCUGUGAACAAUUAUGAAUUGAUACAAUGACAGUCACAACUGCUUAUUGUGUCAAUUUUUUGUGCCAUCUUACCUCUGAGCAUACAGUCACUUCUUGUAGCCAUUUUUUAAUCCCUUUUUAGAUGGAUUGUGUUCUUUUAAACCUGUGUUGUCUUAGGCUCCAUCUUCAAUUUCUGAUGAAUGAGGUGAGCAGGAUGUUAAUGAAGUAUUCAUACAAGGUUUUCACUUUAACACAAAUCAAAGUGCAGGCACUGCUGUUUAAUGGAUUUUGUUACAUUUUAUUUGGAGACUGUUUACACGCGGUGGUCCGUCUUGGGUGACUGUGUUCACCCCUCACGGCUUGACUCUACACUGUUGAGUUUGGCAUGGUGAUCUGUUCUCCAUACACUAAACUGCACCAUGAGAACUUCCUCUUCCUCCUUGUUCUGUAGUGGUAAAUGACAAGAAGGGGAAACUUCCUUUUUGAUUUUUCUUUUUCCAGGUGAUGUUUGGUGAACACGACAUGAACUGAACACAAAUGAGUUUAUAUUGAUGAGGUUUGAAGCCAUUUGGUGUUAACGUGUUUUUAUCAUUUUUUGUUUUACUUAUGAAUUCAUUUUAUUUUACCUUACUCAACAUGUUUUAAUUCCCGAUAAAGGGAUCAUUGAU